UUUCUUGCACCACCAUUAACAAAAAAGCUUAGCAUAAAGCAGAAAAAAGGGGGACUUGGGGGUUCCUUCUUUUUCUUUUUCCUUGUAGACUCUGCCAGGCAUCUUUUUUUCCCCCCCACCUCUCUCUCUCGCCUUUUCCUCCUCUCUCUCUCUCUCUCUCCCUUGUGAUUCUUUCCUUUCUUCUUGCACAAGAUUUUCCCUUGGAGUUGUUUCUUGCUCUGCUGUUUUCACCUCUAUAACAAGCUUGAGUUUUUUUGCACCUGUUGAGUUCUUGUUAGUUCUUCCUCCCUGUCUGGGUUUACUUUUUUUUUUUUUGGGUUUAACAGAAAAGAAGAGUUGGGUUGCUUUCCCGAUCAGUCUGCUGAGAAUUUGCUGGCUUGUGGUGGGGGGGGAUUUUUCCCGGCAGAUGUUCUGCAAAAUCUAGCUCUUUCCGGGAAGAUCAGAGAUGAGAAGCUGCUUGUUUAGAAGAGCUUCAGUUCAUCCGCUAGAGCUCUUCUCUUCUGUCCUUCAAAUGGUUCAUAAGCCAAGAAUUUGUUGAUGCCGGUGUAAAAGAGAAAGGAGCCAAAUAAAGAAAAAGAAUUGGCAAUCUCAAAAAAGUUCCCUCCUUGAAACUCAAAAACCCACUGUAACACUCCCUCCCUUGGUCGUCAAUCUUGGGAAAUAGGAAAAAAAUUUUGAAGCUUCCCAAUCCAGUUGGAAGUGUCUCUUUCUUCUUUCUUGUUCCAUUAAAAUUCUUUCUUGAAACUCAAAGUGUUGAGAUCAGUCAUAGUUUCUCCACCUUGUUAGCGGCUCCGUUGGCUUCUUGCUUUUGCAAAGUUCCAUGGGACUCUGUCAUGGAAAACCCAUCGAAAUCCAGCAAGCUCAAUCCCAACUCGCUGCAAAUUCUCUUCAACACGACCCCUUCUCGGAUGAAGCUUCACAGAUUCAUCAAUCUGGUCUCUCAGGAGUGUCUGAGAACAAGCCCCUGAAGAUCCCCAAGACACCCAAGGCGUCAAAGUUCCCAUUCUACAGCCCAAGCCCUCUUCCAAGCCUCUUCAAGAACUCGCCUGCUGUUGGCAACCCGAGCAGCGUGAAUUCGACACCGCUUCGCAUCUUCAAGCGCCCGUUCCCGCCCCCUUCCCCGGCGAAGCACAUCAAGGCUUUUCUUGCCAAGAGGUAUGGUACCGUGAAGCCCAAUGAGGCCUCCAUCCCUGAAGGGGGUGAGUGUGAGAUUGGUUUGGACAAAAAUUUCGGGUUUUCGAAGCAGUUCGGGGCGCAGUAUGAGAUGGGUGAGGAGAUUGGGAGGGGCCAUUUUGGGUACACUUGCUCGGCCAAGGCCAAGAAGGGCAGCUUGAAGGGCCUUGAAGUUGCUGUCAAAGUCAUCCCGAAAUCAAAGAUGACUACUGCAAUUGCUAUAGAGGAUGUAAGAAGAGAGGUGAAGAUUUUGCGGGCGUUAACUGGACAUAAGAAUUUGAUCCAGUUUUAUGACGCCUAUGAAGAUGAAGACAACAUUUACAUUGUCAUGGAGUUAUGUCAAGGAGGUGAAUUAUUAGACAGAAUACUUUCAAGGGGUGGAAAAUACUCUGAAGAAGAUGCAAAGGCUAUUAUGGUUCAGGUAUUGAGUGCUGUAGCCUUCUGUCAUCUCCAAGGAGUUGUGCACCGUGAUCUAAAGCCAGAGAAUUUUCUUUUCACGACAAAAGAUGAGAACGCUCCUCUGAAGGCCAUUGACUUUGGACUUUCUGACUAUGUAAAGCCAGAUGAAAGGUUGAAUGAUAUUGUGGGAAGCGCGUAUUACGUAUCUCCUGAGGUUCUACAUAGAUCCUAUGGAACUGAAGCAGACAUGUGGAGUAUUGGUGUCAUUGCCUAUAUAUUACUCUGUGGUAGUCGACCCUUUUGGGCGCGGACUGAAUCUGGAAUAUUCCGGGCAGUUCUUAAGGCAGAUCCAAGUUUUGAUGAAAACCCAUGGCCUUCACUAUCCCCCGAGGCAAUUGAUUUUGUGAAGAGAUUGUUGAACAAGGAUUACAGAAAGAGACCAACCGCUGCCCAGGCUUUGUGUCAUCCUUGGCUGGCUUCUCACCAUGAAGUCAAGAUACCACUAGAUAUGAUUGUGUACAGGCUUGUAAGAGCCUAUAUAUGGUCAUCUUCUCUACGAAAAGAAGCUUUGUGUGCUCUCGCAAAGACAUUGACAGUGGCUCAGCUGGCUUACCUCAGGGAACAGUUUGCAAUAUUAGGGCCAAACAGAAACGGUUUUAUUUCCAUGCAGAACUUUAAGACAGCGGUGGCAAAGAACUCUACUGAUGCUAUGAAGCAAUCACGGAUACUUGAUUAUGCCCACGUGGUUAGUAGUAUUGAACAUGGAAAGUUCGAUUUCGAAGAAUUCUGUGCGGCUGCCAUAAGUGUCCAUCAGCUGGAGGGAACAGCCAGUUGGGAAGAACAUGCAAGGAAGGGUUUCGAGCUUUUCGAGAAAGAGGGGAACAGACCCAUAAUGAUAGAUGAACUAGCAUCAGAACUUGGGCUUAGCACUUCAGUGUCUAUCCAUGUAGUUCUCCAGGACUGGAUACGACCUUCAGAUGGGAAGCUAAGUUUCUUCGGAUUCAUCAGACUUCUUCACGGUGCUUCUUCUCGGACGAUUCAAAAGUUUUGACAUGAAGUCUGACUAGAAUUUCCCAAUCUUCUAAACUCUCCUCGAACGGAAAGAUCUCAAGGGGACCAAAUGCAUGCAGAUCGAUAGACGUAUCAUAAAAAGCCAUUGUCAUGAUGCUUAGAACAGGUGCAACAGGCUAACUCUGGUCGAAUGCGUCUAUUACGAACAAAGCAGAUGUUGGGCACGCCGUCUUUGCUGAGUAUGUCAUUACUUUUGUCUCUUUGUUUUUCCUUUUGGGCCUAAUCUCUUCGGUUGAGUUAUAUAGUUUUUCUUUUGGGGCCUUUUGUGCCUUUCCACAUGAUUGUUGCCUUUGAUCAGAGGGCUUGUACAGAUGAUGAUGAUGGUUGAUGGAUCCCCUGAAUGCAUGUAGGAUCAUCAAGCUGCUGAAUGCUUAUGAGUUUCGAGGGUGUCA